UCCCCGUCUGUCCCGCUGGAGGCUGUGUUCGGUUCGUGGUCCGAGGACAAGCCGAGGUCCGGACGCUCCGAAGCGGAUUCAAAGCGCACCGCGACCCGGGGACUGGACCUGGAUCCACUUCAUACCCGAGGACACGGAGCUGGGGACUCGGCUUUGUUCGGCUCGGUUCGGCUGCUCCACCGGAUUCUAUUAGAAGAAGAAGAAAAAAACCCUCCCCCCAAUUAAGCUUAUUUAUAAGGAAAAAGUUGGAUUGGUAUUUAUGAGUUUGAAUAUGAAACUUUGAGUCUGUGAGUCAGAGGAAGAAUCAGCUGGAUGAGUGACUGACGACAGGUUGCGCAACAGACGCAAUAAUAAACUCAGACAAAGACUCAGAGCUGCAGCUUCCACUUUGUUGCUUUGUGUCUCUGCUCCUGCACGAACUCACAACGGACUCACAACGGACCAACAAGCCCACACACACCUCACUGCUGCUGCUGCCCCCCCACCCUGCACCCUCCACCAGCAACUCAAGAUGAGCAUGAGCGUGGCCACAGCCCGAUCCCAAAUGUGUCUGAAGAGGUUAUUGGACGAGCCUCAGGACAAUUUUCUGAAAUGCAAACGACAACGCCUGGCCCCGCCCCCUCUGGCGCCCGGUCUGUCGCCCUGCGUGAGUCCCAGGAUCCACGCCCCCAAGUCAGGCCAAAGCGACUCUCCAUCCAGGGUCGGCUCGUACUUCCUGUUUGAACGCUGUGAGGGGGAGGAGACUUACAGGGCCGUGCACGAGCACACGCAACAGCAGUACACUUGCCAGGUACGUCCUCUGCGUGGCUACCAGGAGCAGCUGGCUGCUUACGCUCGCAUUGGUCACCACGACAACAUCUGCGGCCUGCAGGACGUGGUGAUUGGCCAGGACAAAGUGUACAUCUUCCUUCCCGGUCACCAUGGCGACAUGCACGCGCAUGUCCGAAGCAGGAAGCGCCUGGGCGAGGAGGAGGCGGGGCUUCUCUUCGGCCAGAUGCUAAACGCGGUGAUGCACUGCCAUCGCCACGGGGUCGUGCUGAGAGACCUGAAGCUGCGCAGGUUCGUCUUCACCGACAGAUUCAGGACUCGCCUCGCCCUGCUCGGCCUUGACGACUGUGUCGUUCUUCACGCCAACGAUAACGACGACUCCCUGACGGACAGACACGGCUGUCCUGCUUACGUCGGCCCCGAGCUGCUGACCAAUGGGAAGGGGUCUUACUCUGGACGCGCCGCAGACGUCUGGAGCCUGGGCGUGUCUCUGUACACCAUGCUGAUUGGACGGUACCCGUUUCAGGACACGCAGCCCGCCGCGCUCUUCGCCAAGAUCCGCCUCGGCAGCUUCAGCGUGCCGGCCUGGCUGUCGCCUCGGGCCAAGUGUCUGAUCGGCUGCAUGCUGAGGAAGUCGCCCGAGGAGAGGCUGGAGGCGUCGGAGCUGCUGAUGCACCCGUGGCUGACCAAUCCCGUCACGCCACAUCACAGCGUUCACAAGACGCAGCUCGCCUCACACACACAGAACAAACAAACAGAGGACGAUGACCAGGUGGUCCCGACAUGGACCCAAAAACACUAACACACACACACACGUUUGUACUUCUAUACUUGUGAGGACCUUCACUGAAAACACCCCCAACACUAAGUUUAACAUCACAACAAAAAAAUAAGCUCCAUUCUGACAUUAACUUAACGCUUUCACACCAAAACGGUUUGAUUCGGUUAACACAAGGUUACAGGACCAUUAGCUUUGCCUGUUUAGUUGCUAGGUAGAAGAGUCUGAGGGCGACUCGAAGGAGAAGAAAACACCGAAAUAUUACGACAAUUAGUUUGUGACAUUACGAGAAUAAAGUGGUUCAUUAUCUGCGUGAUAUUCAAAGAUGAUUCAUAAUUUCUCAAGAAGCAGUGAGAUCUAUUUUAGAUUUUGGAACCAGAGUGAGUGAAGCUCAUGUUUUGACAAAUUCCUCUGCUGAUUGUGAGCUAUUUGAAAAGUGUCCAAAUCAAGUUUAUUCAUUUGUAAUCUUAUAAUAAUAAUAAUAAUGAGCUUCUUCUUUGAGAUCAUUGAAAAAUGUAAAUACACACAUAAGACGCAUUAAAGUGCUGCUGUCAAUUACUGUACUGUGAUUGGCUGCGGGUCCUGAUGAUGAAGCAACUGUCCAAUCAAGUUAAAAUCUCUUUUCACAACUAAAAGGCAAAAACAAGUUCUUUAUUUCCGCCCCUUUUUGGACCAAAUGAACCAAACUACCGGUGUGAGAGCGACUGAAAACUAAACCUGAACCUUCCAUCAACCCAACAUAACGUCCUGCAUCUGUCAAGCACUCACCACGGUCCUCACAAAGAUAUAAAUAGAAGAACACAUGCAGACGGUCUGAUCCUGGAUUACUUGACCCUCACGUGCCUUCGUCUGUCUGUGGCUGCGUCUCACUUCCAGCUCUGAACUGACUCCUCCCCCAAAACGCCACAGGGUUCUUAACCCAGUCAGGAACGAUGCGUUCAGGUGCUCCUCGCCAACUCCUGAAUUGUUUAAUCCGAGCGUUGACCAGGGAGAAUCUGAGUUGUGUCAGGCAGUUUUACAUCAAACAUCCUUCUAAUCUCAAUCUGUGAGUGUUUUUACAUGCAAAGAACAACUGGUUAUAUACUGGAUUUUCACCGUCUUCAGCAAAUCCCAUAAAAAAAACUAUGAAUUAACUCCUGUGGACACAUGUUGUCAGUGAAAUCUGAUGUCUCAUUGUGUAUAAACUAUUAAAAACACAUCAGUGACUCACAGCUUCGCACACACAUUCCUUCAUUACAACAAUGUCGUUUAUUCUAAAUCAAUCCAACACACACCAACAGUACUGCUGCUGUAAAUACUCACAAGCAAAUACAAGUAUACAAAUCCACAGCACAAUAUUUACUAAAAACUACAGCUCUUCAUGGGAGUUACUGAGGCUUAUUAAAAAGGAAACUGCAUUUUUUUAACCACUUUUUAAGUAUUUAUAUCCUCAGUAGCAAACAGACCCGACCAGAAAGUAAGAAGAGAAGAACUGACACAAAGUUGAUAUUUUUUUUAAUGGGAUUUGCUGGAAAUCUGGUUUCCAUAGUUUUAAAACACCUGAUCUGAUGGAUUCAGUUUCUGAUGCACGGAGUUGGUGGCGACCGCCUGAAGAAACCACUGAGAACACUGAAGGAGCCUGAACCGCUUAAUUCUCUCAGUAUUUAACCCCCUCGCUACGUCCUUCCUGGGAUUAUAAGAGAAGAUUCAGUGUUAAAAUAAAUCACUCGUAACUGACGUUCUUUGGAAAAACUGAAAUGAUUAAUAAUAGAAAUUCACAGUCGCCAGCAAAGAGCCACAGUUAACAGUUAAGCAGAAUAAAAUGUAUGUCAGCUCUGUUUUCUUAGGAUAAAAGCUUAAUUUGCUAAUUUUGUUUCUGACAAGAAUGAUUAUCCUGAAAUAGCAACCAGCUGGUUUUUAAGUUUUCAGAGACCAAACAUCAUAACUGUUACAAAUAUCAAAAACUGGCUUAUUUCAGAUGACAGGAGUGAUUUUGUUUGACAAUCAAAAUGAUUUCUGACCCAGGAUCAGAAUAACGGGACUGAAUAUGUUGAAUCGCAGUGAGAAAACUGUUGUAAUCUUGAGAGAAUUGAACUGAUAUUCUGAAGUUUUGGGGUUUCCUUGGACUAAAGCUGGACAUCACGAUCCCACAGAGCUGCAGCCGCCAGUUUGUUGCCUUAAACUGAUAAAACUGUAUGAAACACACCUCAGCUACAGCGUGAGAAAAAAUAAAGAUGUUUCACAAACUC